AAUACAUUUUUUUUUUGGUUUUGUUUUAUCAAUUUUUUUUCUUCAACUUUAUCAUAUAAAUUUUCAACAAAUUUCAACAUUUCAUAUAUGAAUUUGUGUGCUAAUUAAAUUCAUUAUGCGUAUUAUAUUCUGGUUGAUUGCCACAAUUGUUGUGGUCAUUAUUUCAAUAUUUUCACAGGAAGUUGAAUCUCAUAGUAAAAAAACCAAACGUUUGCUUCUCUAUAUACUUUUGAAUGUAUUGAAUAAAAAAAAGAUUAUUCUUCCGUUGCCAUUGCCAUUGCCACUGCCCAUUCCAAUUAUAGAAAAAAAGAAACAUUAUAUUCAAAAAGAACCGAUUCCAGUUCCAAUCAAAGUAAAAGAACAUGUACCAAUCAAAAUUGCCGUUAAAGAACCGGUUCCAAUACCGAUACCAGUUAAAGAGCCUGUCUAUAUCAAAGAUAAUUAUGAUCAUUCAUAUAAAGAUUCACACAAAGAUUCAUAUAAAGAUUCGUAUAAAGAUUCGCAUAAAGAUUCGUAUAAAGAUCCAUAUAAAGAUUCAUAUAAAGAUUCAUACAAAGAUUCAUAUAAAGAUUCAUACAAAGAUUCAUAUAAAGAUACAGGAUAUGAUCAUUAUGAUGAUGGUUAUGAUGCUGGUUAUGGUGCUGAAUACUAAUCAGUUGAUUAUAUAAAUUCUCAUAAUCAUCAUUAAUAAAAAUGAAAUGGAACAAAAAAAUUUUUAAUGAAAAUUCUGCCCGAUCAUCAUCGAGUCAUCGAAACAAGACGAAGAAGAAUAAAAAAAAAUUGGAAUCCUGUCAUGAUAUUCAUAAAUACAGUCUGUUUUUUCU